AUGGAGGUGGUCUAUCAUGAACUAUCUUCGGGAAAAGAUACUAGUUUGUCUCAGGUUUUGUCGGAGUGGAGCAGAAGAUACGAAGAAAAGUAUGCCGCUUUACAGCGUCGGUUUUCUGGAUUAUGUAGCGGAGAAAACUACGGUAUUACGAACACAUCUAGACCAAGGUCUGGGGACAUAAGACAGCCGUCGUACAACGAACUUUUGGAAGAAAUACAGAGUGCAUUACAGCUGAAGGCAAAUCUUUCUGUUGAGUUAGAAGCACUGCAACAAAUUCGUUCGGAAUUAGAAGAUUCGGAAUGCAUGUCUGAAGUCCAUUUUCGUUUGGAACGAGCCACCGAAAAUAACCGACGUCUGCAUGCAGCUUUACAGGCGGCGGAUGAACAAAUUACAGAGCUUGUACUUAGUAAAAGGUUGCUAGAAGCUCAGAUGAAUGAGUUGCGUAAUAGUCGGGAUGCAGAACUUGUGGAAGCCAAAGAACGUGUUCGAGCAGCGGAACGUGCAGUUAUUGCUGCCACACGUAGCGUUAAUUCAUGCAAACCUGUGAGUGAAAAGGAUAAACAAACUCACUCAAAAGAACCAGGGGUUCUUAGUCAACAGAAUGUUAUUUCAAAUCCAACCCAAUCUUUCAUGCCUUUAGCUUUCAAGAAACCUCUACAGAAUCAUUCUAGAAAUUACACAACAUUGACUGCCUUUUCUUAUGACGAUUUCGAUUCAUUGGAUGAAGACACAGAUGACGAAACUGACAAGCAUUUAUGCGAAAUGACGGCUGCUGUCGAUUUGGGAGAAAAUAAUAUAGAUCUCCCUGUAGGAAAUAAAGAAUCGAAUGUAGAGGCCGAAAAAGAAAUCUCCAUCCCUGCAAAUAAUGAUGCAAAUAUUCGACAUAAUCAAGAAUGUCCUAUGGAAUCAUCAAUGGAAGAUAAUGUUUUCUCCAAAGAUAUGGAUAAUGUAACUUCACCUAGUUCGCCUUCUUUCGUGGGAGAAGUAUUGGAUUCAGUGUCUCCAGCACUAUCUAGUACACCUAGAAAAUCAUUGCCAAAUGAAACUGUCGUUACUCCAUUCAGUUGUGCUAAUCUAUCCGAUUUAACAAAUGAUGUUUUAGGAUGGAAUAGUGAUUUGAAAGCCACACCAUACAUAAAACAAGAAGAAAAAGAAGUAAAUGAAGUCGUAUCAAAAGUGGAUUAUUUAAGAUUAUUAGAUGAGAUGGAGGAACUUCGUCAAGAACUAGAUUUACUACGUCAAAAUGCUCAACUUUCACAAUUAUCACAUAGUAAUAUUCCAAAAGCAGUUAUAAACAAUAGCACGCAUUUAACUAGUGAUAACAAGCUUUACAAACCCGGUUUAACAACUCAAUUGUUGGAGUUAAAAGAUGAGUUGGUUUCAACUUCUAAUGAACCUUCUUCACAAAAACCAAGUAGUUUACUACCAACAUUACCUCCAGGAUCAACUCGGUUAUAUGAUUGGUCUUUAAAUAAGAGUGAUUUACAACUAGAAAAUGAAAUGAGUGCAAAUAACUCCAGUGACUCUGAAACUAGUACUGAAAAACCUACUCCUGUUAAAACAUCUUUAUCUCCUUGUGAACAUUGUAUAGAGCUUCAAGCAAAAAUUAUGGCUUAUGAAGCUAUACAUGCAGCACAAGAAGAUUUCUGUACAGAAAAAAUUAUUGAACAAUCAAUAUUGAAUACAGAAGCUGGUACACAAUGCGAUGAGACCCUACAAGAAGCUGAUAAUACAACUGAAAAUUACAAGUUAUUGCAUAUACCAAAUAAUGACAUAUUUACACAGACAGAUCCUGAGGUUAAAAAUGUAUUAUCACAUUCUGUCUAUUUACAAACUGAUCCCAAUCUAACAGUGAAUGGUGAUGAUCAAAUUAAAAAUUAUACAGUUUGUCUAGAAUUUUAUCAUAAAAUGAUUUUGUCCAUAAUUGAUGUCAGUACAACAUUGAAACAUGAGUUAACUGCACGUAUCAAUGAUCAAUAUUCAUGGAUGAAUAAUGAUUUAUCAUUGGAUUGUGAUAUGAAAAAUAAUGAACAAGAGAGAAAGAAUGAAUUAAAAGUUCAACUUAAUGAUUACUUGAAUGAAUGUGAUCAUUUACUGGUUACCAAUGUUAUAUGCGAUACAAAAUAUUUAGAUCAUUUCCGAACAGAUUGCAAGUUUUUAACGUCUAUAUUUGGGCAGUUGUUGCCUGAAAUAGAUCGUCUUCUCACGUUAUGUAAAAUUGUAUGUGAAAAACUAAUUGAAUCAACAGAUAUAUCAAAAUUAAAUCAAGUUGAUGUUGAUAUUGAAAACUGUGAACUAGUUCGUAAUCUUCGUGGACAGUUACUUACCGCUCAUCAGUUGUUAACUGAAAAAUUACCUGUAGAUACAAAGAUUGCACUUUUGGAAACAUCUCAAAUUGUUGAAACAGAACGUAUUCAAUUGCAAGCUGAAAUGGAUCGUCGACUUUCAGAAUUUGAACGGAAUCAUACUGCAUCAUUGGUAGAGUUGGAGACAAAUCGACAUGAUCUGAUGCAACAACUUGAUGAAAUGGAAUUAAUGAAUCGUGAAUUAAAAAAUGAAAUAUUCUCAGUUCAACAAAAACUUCAAGCUAAAGAGAAAUUCCUCAAUGAGCAAAUAGAAGAAAGAGAACUAGAACGAGAGGAAUUCCGUAUCGAAUUAAAUCGUCUUAAAAGUGAACUUGAAAUGAAAAAAUCACAGGUGAUGUCAUAUAAAUUAGUGGAUACUAGUGAUACAGAUUCUUGUACUACACCGUUGAGUAUAAAAGAAACAGGACAAAAUAACUUCGUACCUCAUUGGAUAUCUGAUUUAAAAAUGGAACAUUUAUGUCAAAAUGAUUCUAUUAAACCAAAUAUUCAAACAUCUGUACAAUCUAAAUCACGGGAUAUUGUAUCAUGGAGUAAACCCAGUGAUUCUGAUGAUGAUAUAUUAAGCGGAAAUAUAAACAAUACAAUAACACAGAAUCAAUAUAAAUAUGUUGACCAACAAAAUGAUUGGCAACCUUAUACAGUUCCAACAAUCAAUAAGCACAGUAAUUUCAUUGAUUCCGAGACAAAUACAUCUGAAAAUUACGACAUUCAAAAUUAUUCAGAUGAGAUUGAUACCAAGCAAGUAAAAGUAAUUAAUGAUUCUAAUGCUCAUAUACAACAGCAUCAAGUGAAUUUAUGUGAUGCUUGUACGCAGGUUGAAGUGAUCAAGUUUGAUAAGUUUGUAGAAGCAACCAUUGAUUCUGUUGAUAUGGAGGUGCAGAUCGCUAUUGAUGAUGAGGUUAAAGACCUCGGAACAGCGAACUCACGUGAACAACUAAAUUUAAUACCAUCAAAUCCUAACGAUAAUAUAAAUCAUUCGGAUAAUACCCGUUAUUCUAAUCAACCUACUCGAACUACAAAAACAACAACUCGUUCUCGUACCUGGAAUACAACUUCAGCCGCUGCUAUACUUAGUCAUAUUGUUGUAAAAGAAGAGGAAGAAGAAUCAAUUGUGACUAUUGUAGAUGAAUCAGAUACACCUAACAAUAGUACAAUCAAUAAUAAUAAUCAGAAGUUUUAUCAAGAUCAAAUUGAAAAAUGUAAAUUGGAAAUUUCCAAUUUAAGAAAACAACUUGAUCGAAUAAAUACAUGCCAAAAAGAAAUGGAACAAACGAAACAAUCAUUGGAAUUUAUACAACAAAAGCAAGAUAAAGGUAUCCAAACUAUGGUGUUUUGUCCAAAUCUAUCUAACGAUGUCAGGUUAAAAACUUCACUAACUCAUCAUAUUUCAUCAUCUAUUCAUAGAAUGCAUCAUCGUUCUUUACCGGCUUUGUUCUCACCAUCAUUCUCUUCAAAUAAUGAAGACACUGGUGUAGAAAUGUCUCAAGGUCUUUUAGACUUAGAGAGUAUUGAAUCUACAACUCCAUCAACUGCAAAAUCACCAAUUAUUCAAGAUUUAAUUUUAAUGAAACAUGACAAAUGUUCUUCUCCCGAAGAUGAAAAUCUGCAGACUUUGAUGGGAUCUCCUAUUUCUGAUAAAGAUGAUGAAUUGGAAAAUGAAAUUCCAGAGAUAAUGCUUUCAUCAGAACAUCUGGAUGUUACUCCAAGUUCAUGUGUUUCAGAGAACGCUUGUUGUAAAAUUCCUGAUUCCGUUGACUCUGAUCCUCAAACUAUAUGUGCUAUAUCCAACAGUAAUGUUGAAAAUCCAGGAGCUGUGGUUUCAUUGUCUGAGGUUUCAACGUUAAUUGAACAGCUUAUGGAAUCAGAAGUUCUUAUUAAAGCACUACGUAAUGAAAUUAGUGGUCUCACAAAAUACCAACAAAUGGCACGUAAUCAAAUCUAUAUUCGGAUUACUGAAUGUCCUACAUUAAUGGCAGUGAACGUCGUCUGCAAAUAUCUAACUGAUAUCGCAACUGAUAACGUAAUCUUUAUGAAUGAAUUAUAA